GCGGGCGGGGCGAGUUGCUAAGGAAAUGACUGCCCGCAGCGCCUGGCCCCUCCGCGCCUGCCGGGCGGGGUCUGGAGCGGCGCCGUUUCCGCUUCCGCUCCCUCUCAGCUCCCGUCCCGUUACCGCCUCCUGGCCGGCCUCGCGCCUUUCACCGGCACCUUGCGUCGGUCGCGCCGCGGGGCCUGCUCCUGUCGCGCGCACCCCCGGGGCUUCGGCUCCGGCACGGGUCGCGCCCAGCUUUCCUGCUCCUGAGGCCGCCGGCCAGCCGCCGCCAUGGGUGCCUACCUCUCCCAGCCCAACACGGUGAAGUGCUCCGGGGACGGGGUCGGCGCCCCGCGCCUGCCGCUGCCGUACGGCUUCUCCGCCAUGCAAGGCUGGCGCGUCUCCAUGGAGGAUGCUCACAACUGUAUUCCUGAGCUGGACAGUGAGACAGCCAUGUUUUCUGUCUACGAUGGACAUGGAGGGGAGGAAGUUGCCUUGUACUGUGCCAAAUAUCUUCCUGAUAUCAUCAAAGAUCAGAAGGCCUACAAGGAAGGCAAGCUACAGAAGGCUUUAGAAGAUGCCUUCUUGGCUAUUGAUGCCAAACUGACCACUGAGGAAGUCAUUAAAGAGCUGGCACAGAUUGCAGGGCGACCCACUGAGGAUGAAGAUGAAAAAGAAAAAGUAGCUGAUGAAGAUGAUGUGGACAAUGAGGAGGCUGCACUGCUGCAUGAAGAGGCUACCAUGACUAUUGAAGAGCUGCUGACACGCUACGGGCAGAACUGUCACAAGGGCCCUCCCCACAGCAAAUCUGGAGCUGGGACAGGCGAGGAACCAGGGUCCCAGGGCCUCAAUGGGGAGGCAGGACCUGAGGACUCAACUAGGGAAACUCCUUCACAGGAAAAUGGCCCUACAGCCAAGGCCUACACAGGCUUUUCCUCCAACUCGGAACGUGGGACUGAGGCAGGCCAAGUUGGUGAGCCUGGCAUUCCCACUGGUGAGGCUGGGCCUUCCUGCUCUUCAGCCUCUGACAAGCUGCCUCGAGUUGCUAAGUCCAAGUUCUUUGAGGACAGUGAGGAUGAGUCAGAUGAGGCGGAGGAGGAAGAGGAAGACAGUGAGGAAUGCAGCGAGGAAGAGGAUGGCUACAGCAGUGAGGAGGCAGAGAAUGAGGAAGAUGAGGAUGACACCGAGGAGGCUGAAGAGGACGAUGAAGAAGAAGAAGAAGAGAUGAUGGUGCCAGGGAUGGAAGGCAAAGAGGAGCCUGGCUCUGACAGUGGUACAACAGCGGUGGUGGCCCUGAUACGAGGGAAGCAGUUGAUUGUAGCCAACGCAGGAGACUCUCGCUGUGUGGUAUCUGAGGCUGGCAAAGCUUUAGACAUGUCCUAUGAUCACAAACCAGAGGAUGAAGUAGAACUAGCACGCAUCAAGAAUGCUGGUGGCAAGGUCACCAUGGAUGGGCGAGUCAACGGGGGCCUCAACCUCUCCAGAGCCAUUGGGGACCACUUCUAUAAGAGAAACAAGAACCUGCCACCUGAGGAACAGAUGAUUUCAGCCCUUCCUGACAUCAAGGUGCUGACUCUCACUGACGACCAUGAAUUCAUGGUCAUUGCCUGUGAUGGCAUCUGGAAUGUGAUGAGCAGCCAGGAAGUUGUAGAUUUCAUUCAAUCAAAGAUCGGCCAGCGUGAUGAAAAUGGGGAGCUUCGGCUAUUGUCAUCCAUUGUGGAAGAGCUGCUGGAUCAGUGCCUGGCACCAGACACUUCGGGGGAUGGUACAGGGUGUGACAACAUGACCUGCAUCAUCAUUUGCUUCAAGCCCCGAAACACAGCAGAGCUCCAGCCAGAGAGUGGCAAGCGAAAACUAGAGGAGGUGCUCUCUACUGAGGGGGCUGAAGAAAAUGGCAGCAGCGACAAGAAGAAGAAGGCCAAGCGGGACUAGCAGUCAUCCAGACCCCUGCCCACCUAGACUGUUUUCUGAGCCCUCCGGACCUGAGACUGAGUUUUGUCUUUUUCCUUUAGCCUUAGCAGUGGGUAUGAGGUGUGCAGGGGGAGCUGGGUGGCUUUACUCCGCCCAUUCCAAAGAGGGCUCUCCUUCCACACUGCAGCCGGGAGCCUCUGCUGUCCUCCCCAGCCGCCUCUUUGCUCCUCGGGCUCAUCACCGGUUCUGUGCCUGUGCUCUGUUUUGUUGGAGGGAAGGACUGGCGGUUCUGGUUUUUACUCUGUGAACACUUUAUUUAAGGACAUUCUUUUUUAUUGGCGGCUCCAUGGCCCUCGGCCGCUUGCACCCGCUCUCUGUUGUACACUUUCAAUCAACACUUUUUCAGACUAAAGGCCAAAACAUAAUCGUA